UAAAUUUGUAAAGCUGAUAUUUUCAUAAGUCUGUAUUUUCUUUUCACUAUUUCACAUAUAGAUUGUCACAAUAAAAAAAAGAUAUAUAUACAAGGAAUUCAUGCGUGGAUGUUAGUUAAAUAGGAUCUAUGGAAAGCGCGUAUCAGUUAACAGAUCAUUUAAUAUGACAUUAAACGCUGGUACAAUCAAAAUCCAGCAACUUCAUCAUAUGAAUGACUCCAUAAACGGUUCCUCCUAAGCUUUUCAUCUAAAGACAAGCAGACUCCCAGCAUGCCCCAAGCGGCAAUCUGCCGUUCGUCCUUGGGAGCAUCACCCAGCCGAGACACUGGCCGUCCUGGGGGGUUCCACCCGAGUUGCCAUCACAUUCGUCUCCCUUUGCUCGACUUCAGGCUCCGGCAAGCAAAGCAGAAACAAGAGAAUGCAUGGCUGCGUAAUAGAUGCACGGAAGAACAAGAAAACAUUCCUGAAAAGUGGAAGUAAUGGACAGGGAGGAGGUGGGACAAUUCCUUCAGAAGGACAGUUCACGAUUACUUGGUCAUGGUGCAGAGGUACUCAAGGGCAGCAGGCUAUCAGGCUACUAUACACAAAAGGCUAGAAGUGCUUCCCAUCCAGUGCUUCCUAUAAAGGAAAAAAAAAACCACACACAUGCCCGUAAACCAUUCUGCUUAAUUGCUAGAUGGUAUACAAGGCUCUCUCUCUCUCUCUCUCACACACACACACACACACACACACACACACACACCAGCAUGUGCUCACAAAGAUCUUGGAUGUAUGUCCUGAGAAUGUCAGUAUGUCCGGAGAAUACUUUCACAUAUUUGAAAAAGGACAGAGUAAUUCCCAAGAGAUCCGUUUUGUUUAUGAUAUUUUUAUAUAAACUGAAAUGAGAAUUUCACAAGAAUUUAACAGCACACAAUUAUCCCAAUCCCACUGUGUGAUUCAGUUACAGGUUGGCAUAUUUCCCAUUUGGCUUUGCCUAGAACGUACACAUCUCUAAAUAACCCCUAGAAACAGCUAAACUGGUUGUCUGCAUCGACAGAGUAAAGCUUCUGUGUCUUUUUCACCAAAAGAUACAAUAAAUACAAAAUCGUCAGCGGUUUACAAUUACUGCAUAAUAUAUGGGAACGACAAUUUGCCAAAUAAAAAUCAACUUAGUUGGCUAUACUUACGUAUUCAUUCUCACAGUACUCUCACAGACAAACUUGGGCAUACAGACAGCCCCUUUUACCACCGAGUAGAAAGACUUUUGGCAAAAUUACAAAACCACAAAUGCGACAUAAAUUAUUUGGGGGAAAAAAAUUAUAUACAAGACGACACAAUGAAGGGACCAGCCUGGAUGAUUUUACAUUGAAUUUGCUCUUCUGGGAAUCAGUAGGCCGCAGCUCUGCUUUUUGCCUUACCAUAUGGUGACAAGAGAUUGUAAAAGAAAUGGAAUGUGCCUGUAAUGGCCCAUCGGGCUGCAACACAUCACCACACACUGCAGGCUGUGCUAACCGCAGCUCCCCCACCCCCUUAUACAUUUCAUAUAGCAUAAAUGCUGGGUCAGCACUUGUACGAAUCUUCAUUGAUGAUACAAUUUCUCUCUCACACACACACACACACACACUCACAGCUUUGUAAAUCAUAUCUUUGUGGGGACUCUACCUUCAUUUCUAUGGGGAAAUCCCAGCCUUAACACCUAUGCAGCCCUAACCUUAACCAUAAGUAAGCAAACAAAAAUAUGAGAUUUGCGCCAUUUGUUGAGGUUUUUUUGAUUGCAUUCACAGAUCUUUCAUGGGGACUUGAAAAAUGGUCCCCACUACAUCAAAAAAACUGGUUUUUCUUACAUUGCAGGAAAAAUUUGGUCCCCACAAUAUAAUAUAAACACACACACACACACACACACACACACGACAGCCAGGAAAGCCUGAAGUUUAUCACCCCAAGGUCAGCAUCCACAAAGGUUUUGACUUGGAGCAUUUGCAGCACUCCUAACAACAUUGAUAUAUAUGCUUGAAGAGCAUACCUUGGAUCAAUAGUCUUACUGGAACAUACCGUAUGCACCAUGAAGCAGUGUAACACUUACAAUGGUCUCAAGGGGAAGCAGGAUUUUCUAUUAUGAAGACCAUCUGAAAUGGGCCGGGAAUACUGGACUCUGGCUGAACCUGGUUCAAUAAACUCGUCUAUAGCCAUCCAACCCCCCAACCUCUUUGCCUUCUACUGUCACUGAUGAAUCAAAGCCAUGUUAGUUUUCCCUUCCCCCAUCUGCAGAGGGGUCCGGUGCAUGGACAGGGGCAGCAGCCAUAAGUUUAAGUCCCCAUUGAGAGCUCACUGAUGACCCAGGCAGGGAAGGGUCACGUUAGACACGCCUGGCUUUUAGUUUACCGCACCCUUGCUGAGAUCACUUUCUCCGUCAAGAAAAACAAGGCAAUCCACUGCAUGUCUACACUCUUCCCAUGGGAAAUUACAGGGAAGAUUAAAAAGGAAUGGGGGCAUAUUCAAACCACCUUGUAACAUAUAUUAUUUGUUUAUCUCCAAUGCUUAAUACAAUUCCUACUAAGCUGUUGUAGGUUUACUACGACAUAAAUUUGAAUAAGAGCUAAAAUGGGUUGAAUGGAUUUGACAAAAUUAAAGUUGUAUAUUUCACAAACCGCGGUUACAUAAUUCAUUAUAUAAGGAUCUCGAUAACUUAAAAAUGUGUAUAUUAUUAAGGGACCGCAAAAUAAACUUGCGAAGACAAAAGGCCACCUUCUACCGGCGGGGGACACGUCUAUUCGUCAGAAACAAAUAUCGGCAAGCAUUUUUUUUUUUUAAUGUAUGACACGGCUCAGACACGUUUCAACACGUCUGAAAGCUUUACGUAAAGGCUGUUGGCGCUACUUAAACAGCAGCUAGUUAGCGUAAACCUGGGUAAAACGAAACAGCUAACGUUUGGCGGGCAGCUUCCGAGGACGGAGGGAGGCUCGCGCUCGUGGCAGGAAAAGCCGGCUCGCGGAGGUGAGGACGCGCGCGGCGCGACGGAUAACGGAGGACCUUCAUUUAACGGUUGUUUUCCUAAACGGACAGUAAAACUAACCCGGUGCUUCGGUCCGACGACGUCUUCUCGCUAUUUCGGCGAGUCGGGUUAGGAAUAAACUCUAUAGAGAAAAGGAAACACACACACCAGCUGCGCCACGCGCUCAGAAAUCGCUGCAAACAAACUGGCUCGCCAUAGCACUGGGGCUGCACCAGCGGAGAGUCCACAGGAGCUGGUGCUGAAGACGGAUCUGUUCCUAAGAUCUGCAGAGGGGGGAUAUAAAGGGGAGGCAAGAGGACCCAGGGCAAAGGUGCCCCUGACGGUGGGGGGAGGACAGGGGUGGGCAAGGUGCAGGGAUGGCUUCCGCUGGCAUGCAGAUCUUCGGCUUCAUCCUAGCACUACUGGGCAUCUUUGGGGCCAUGGUGUCCACACUGCUGCCCAACUGGAAGGUGAGCGCUGACGUGGGCUCCAACAUCAUAACGGCCAUCUCCCAGAUGCAGGGGCUAUGGAUGGACUGCACCUGGUAUAGCACCGGUAUGUUCAGCUGCACUCUGAAAUACUCCGUGCUGGCACUGCCUGCCUACCUGCAGACGGCACGCACCUCCAUGGUGCUCUCCUGUGUGCUUGCCAGCCUGGGCUUGUGCCUUGCUUCCCUGGGCCUCAAGUGCACCCGCUGGGGAGGUGGCCGGCAGUCCAAGAGGCACACAGCCAUUGCCAGCGGGGGAUGCUUCAUUGUGGCUGGCCUUCUUUGCCUGGUCCCUGCAUCCUGGUUCACCAAUGAGGUCAUCACCAACUUCCUGGACUCCAGUGUGCCGGAGAGCAAUAAAUUUGAACCAGGAGGGGCUGUGUACGUGGCCUUCGUAUCUUCGGGAUUCCUCUUUGUAGGGGGAUCAAUUUUCUGCAUGUCCUGCCCAGGGAAGCGGCGGGGCCACCAGGAUCUGAUCCUCACUCCUCCUGAUAAGCUACUGCAGCAUCAACAGCAGCAGCAUCUCAUCCAGCAGCAGUUACAGCAUCCGUAUUGCUCCCUCUCGCCCCUGGACAGCAAGGCUGGCUACAGCCUGCAGGACUACGUGUAGCCUGCGCCCGAUUCGCGAGGAACACCGCACCACACAGCAGCUCUGAAACUGCGAGAUGGAGGAGGAGAGGGGAUGGUGAUGACUGACACACACACCCCCCCCCCCCAAUGCUUUCCUAUACUGCAAGCACAAGUGAUGUGGAGAGAUUCCCCCAGCAAUGUUUCAAAUACUGAAUAUACCCCGUAAAGCACGUUGUGGCAUUGCUGGGACGAGGCAGGAGAGAGAGCCAUCGACUAAAUGCAGAUGUCCAGCACCAGGGAUUAUUAACAGUUCCAUGGAGAAUGGAUUAACUGUAAGAAGCAUCCCCCCCACCCCCCCCACUCGCCAAAGGUUUGAAUCGAAAAAGCAAUUAUUUAGCUACUAACAAUCAUUUAAUUUUAAUAAACUGGCAAUACAUCCUAAAGAGGCAAUAUGUGAAUGUUAUCCUUAGCUUUUUUGUAGUUAGCCAUUUGCUAGAAUCACAGUUCUGAUUUUAAUCAUUUUGUGUCUUAUUUUGAUAAGCUAAUGGAAUGGUGAUUAUUCUACCGCAGCAUGCUGUCUGAAGUUAGUGAAUUAUGCAGCGGAAUGCCUAGUAGAAUCUGAAAAGCAGACACUAUAUAUUGAACUUAACCUAUAGUAAACAUACACCAGUAAAACUGUUCAAAAUGACAAGACAAAUAACGACACCAAGUUGCAGAUUAAACAAACACAAACAUGAGCCACAGUCUAGCUCCUGUUUCUCGAAAAAAAGGGAGCGACACCCUCCACGGGUUCAGCAGACGGCUGAUAUAAUGCCGCUGUUUCGGUUCCCAUUCACUCCCAACAAAAACAAGCCGUGUCUAGCCGGCUGCACACCGCUAAUUUAUUCUGUACACACACACGCACACACACACAUAUAUAUACACGCCGCUCUCGCGCACUGUGCAGCAUGCGCUUUUUCACUUGCGCUGUCCUCACUGCCAUGGUAACAGAGCCUCUCGCCCAAAUAUCUUUAUUGUGUGCGUGUCUGUGUGUUGGGGUUGCUGGGGAGGUGGUGUGGGUCAGAGAUUAUAGCCGGAAUGGCUGUGGCACCUCCUUGAGCCCCCUAUUGUGAGAGAACAUCUGCCGUCAUCAACCCCACUGCUGGGGUGGCUCAGUGCCUGGGGACUAAGCUCCUUCAGCUACACUACUCUUGCAGGUCUGAUCCCCCCCCCCCCCCCACCAUUCCAUCUGAUCAGGAAACGCUCCAUGGAGGAUAUAGUCUAUAAACAGUCCAUCACUAAACAGAGGGAUUCCCUCAUCGACCUCAUAUUCCAGAGCUGUAAUGUGGUCAAGGACUAUGUUUAUAAAAGUGAAUGCAAUAUUAUAAAAUGCAGGGAGAAGCAGUUUGAGCAUGAUUUAGGCUAAUAUGAAUGCACUGUGCUGAUAUUCAAAUGGUGCAUGCUUUAUAAUCUCAUGAACAUUUGAGUGUGUGCUUUUUUUAAAUCUCAUUGUCCAUCUGCGGCUUCCUCACGUCACUAGAACAUAUGUCGCAGUUUCUCACUCACGGGAGACUAUGCACCUGGAGUUCCAAUAGCCCAAACCCUGCCGAUGAGCAGACUGGGCCUCGUUUUCUCACGCUGUUUGUAUGGUCCUCUCUCCCUCUCGCUGUGUGUGUGUGUAUAUGUGUGUAUGUGUUUGUGUGUGUGGCCACGGCAUCCAUUGCCAGCUGCCACAUCUCCAGUCCAAUCCAGGCAGCACCACUGACGGCCCCGGGCCGAGAUUCGUACGGUGCUACGUUCUUUCCGUCAGGCAGAGCCCCAUGAGCGGGUGAGCAGAUGGCAGGGCCCAGAUCGCUGCUCACAGGCUACCACACUGCUCACUGCAGGCACCUCCGGCAAGUUGGCUGCCCUUAUGGGCAGAUUAUAUGCUUCAUUGUCAACAGUGUGACAAUCUGUCAAACUCUUGCCUGUAUUAACUGAAAACACAAAAAAUAGUAUCUUUAAAAUAAAUAGAUAAUUGAAAGCCUCGGUUCAAGAUCAGACAAAAAACAAAAUAAACAAAUAAAACCAGUACCAAUAAUUUUCUACGGUCUUUUUCCUCAAACAAAUUGGUCAUACCGUUUCCUUCAUAUGGGCUUAUUCGUAAAGCCUAAAGACUCCAGGCACCUGUAAACAAUGAAGUGGAAUUUGAAUUCUCAUUUCUGUAUGUUAUAACCACCUUCAUAUUUACCUAAGAGAGCACAGCAGUCAUCACCAGCUGGUGUAAGUGCCCAGACUUAGGCCAGUUCAUAUCUUUUUUCCAGGUUAUAGCCAUGACUAUAUGCCUCAUCGAAAUACCAGAGCAUGCUAAUAUCUUCUUUAUAAGAAGACUACUUGACACUUGGAGUGCAAGAUGGCGAAUGUCAGUUUGUUGCCAAGGGUAAGGGCCAAACGAGCCCUGACCUGCUUGCUGCCAUUCCGUUAGCUGUACAUAUCAGUUCCACGGACGUCCUCCCAGACUGGUUUCAGUGGAUAAACCAGCUGGGAGGGAGGAACCUCUAACUGACGUGCUUCGUCAUUGUGCAGCUUCCCCCAUCUGCACAUUGCUUCAUUACUAGUGCCAAACGCUCCAAGCACAAAACAGUGGGCUUGUGUGUCAAACUUCAGCUAUUGUACAGUGCAAAUACAGAUUGGGUUAUUUUGAUAAUGGCAGUUUAUUUUUGUUGAUGUCAAAGCUUUUCGUAGUUUGCUAACAAAUCAGAGCGGCUCAGGAUGUUUCGUCGUCUCGGUGUGCUUGUGCAAGUAGUUAUAUUUUUAUUAAUAAAAUUAUUUUGUGGAA